AGACAUCACGUGAAGCUCUGGAUCCAAUGACAGGUAGCAGUUGUGAUGGGUAACAUCUUAGUAACAGCCUAAACGCACAUUUUUAUGAGACAAUUAACUCUUCUUAGGCGAGUAAAAAGCAGACUAAUGAGAUGUUCCUAUGGGAUUUGAUAUAAACAUUAGAAAGGAAAACAUCCUGCCUGCUGCAACACCCCCUAGAGGAAAGGCUAUAUAAGCCCUUCAAGGAGGAAAAAGCCAAGAGGCUUGGAAUUCAGACUCAGUCGCGGUUGCUUGAGCUUUUGAUCCAGGGGACCACAGACUUUGUAAUAAAUCAAAGCUGGACACACCCUAUGGAUACCAAAGGCUAUAUAACAACUAUUUCUUCUUCAACACCAUGCCAAAGCUGCUCUAGGAUUACAAAUUUUAGGACCAUCUCUUCUAACACCAACUGCCAGCAUGGUGGUCUUAAAGCCAACAGCUGCCAACCAACAGGUCAUGUUCUGAAGACUCGCCAGACCCCAGGCUGCCAACACACUCCUUGCUUGUGUCUCACGCCCAUCUGCUUAAUAAGCAAUUUCAACGCCUGUCCCUCUGCGGAUGAUUGUGGCUGGGGUGGUGAAGGCAUCAACAGUAACGAGAAAGAGACCAUGCAAGUCUUGAAUGACCGCCUUGCUAACUACCUGGAAAAGGUGCGAAUGCUGGAACAAGAGAACGCUGAACUGGAGUGUAAAAUCCAGGAAGAGAGUAACAAAGAGCUCCCUGUCAUCUCUCCUGACUACCUGUCCUACUAUGCUACCAUUGAGGAGCUCCAGCAGAAGAUCUUGUGUACCAAGGCUGAGAAUUCCAGACUGGUCUCACAAAUUGACAACACCAAACUGGCUGCCGAUGACUUGAGAGCCAAGUAUGAAGCUGAGGUGUCCCUACGCAAGCAGGUGGAGGCAGAUGCCAAUGGUGUACAGCACAUCCUAAAUGCACUGACCCUGGGCAAAGCUGACCUGGAGGCACAAGUCCACUCUCUGAAGGAGGAGCUCAUUUGCCUCAAAAACAACCAUGAAGAGGAAAUCAAUUCCUUACAGAGCCAGCUUGGAGACAGACUCAACAUUGAAGUGACCACUGCCCCUUCUGUUGACCUAAACCGGGUUCUACAAGAAAUGAGAUGUCAGUAUGAGUCCAUCAUGGAGACAAACAGCAGAGAUGUGGAACAAUGGUUCAACACACAGACGGAGGAGUUGAACCAACAGGUGGUGACCGGCUCUCAGCAGCAGCAAUGCUGCCAGAAGGAGAUCAUUGAACUGAGACGUACCAUGAACAUUCUGGAGGUUGAACUUCAGGCCCAGCACCGAAUGAGAGAUUCCCAGGAAUGCAUCUUGGCAGAGACGGAGGCCCGCUAUGCGGCCUUGCUGGCCCAGAUCCAGCGUCUGAUCGAUAACCUGGAGGCUCAGCUAGCAGAGAUCCGAUGUGCCCUGGAAAGACAGAACCAAGAAUACGAGAUUCUGCUGGACGUCAAGUCCCGGCUGGAGUGUGAGAUUACCACAUACCGCAGCCUUCUGGAGAGCUUGGACGGCAAGUUUGCCUGUAACCCGUGUGCCAUCAAAUGUGAGCCUUCCACUUGCACAUUCAGUAAGGCCAGAGCCAAAGAAUGCACAUCUCCUAUUUACAUGUCCUCAGCCCCCCGUGAGAUAUGCGAGCCCUGCAGUGCCUGUGGAGCCCUGUCCCGGAUACUGGUUAAAAUCUGCACCAUCACCAAGGAGAUUAAGGAUGGCAAAGUCAUUUCUUCUCACGAGCAUGUGCAGCCUUGCUUCAUCACCAGACCUGCCAAAGUCUAACAUCUCAAGUGAUGAAAAUGACCCUCAUUCAUGAAAGAGAGGCCAGUACUUGCUCCUGCCAAAAAGGUUUAAGAACCCUUCAGGUACUCAGUUUCUUACUACUAUAGCAGGUCCCCAUUGCUAAAUAGAAUAUCUUUCAUUCUGCUCCUUCCCUAGGUCACUGCUGCCAACAUGAUAAUAAAUGACAUUUAUCUGGGAGCACAUUUCCCAUUUAUCUGAGGGACGAAAACUGAUUUGUAAGUGCCCAUGAAGCUGACCUACAUUACUUGACUCCACAGGUGAUGGUCAGGUUUCUCUUUUGUUUACUCAGGCCUUGUUUACUUACGUUCCUCAUUAGAGCCAGUCAGACAAGUUCUAGGAUUGUUUUUGGCCAAGGCACACGAAGGUGAAAAGCUACAACCUUCUCUUCUAAACUCCUUUUUGGGAUAUAGAAAGAAUCCU